CUCAGCUUCUGGAAAGUGUUCGGUCCCAACUACAACCCAUGGCGACGACAUUAGGGAAAUCGAACUUAACCACUCCAAUUUGACCAAACCCGCCAACGUCUACCACAAUGUCGACUUCUGCAGCUACAGGAAAGAGAGGUCCAUCAGUUCUGGUCACCGACUCUCGAGAGCGCCCUUCUACAGCUCGCAGUACCGCUCAUCGGCCCAGUUUCAACGGCCCCGGCGCGGUGCGAAACCGAGCACCGACACGAUUAAUCUCAGUCGAUAAUGUCCUCCAGUAUGCGUCCGAGAUCCCGUCCGGUCAAGCUCGCGGGCCGCCUGGACGCAGACCAGCAUCGGCGCCCCAGCGACGUCCCGGUGGAGCACCAGGCUCCGGCGCGCGAAUUGCACAGCAGACUGUGCCGGGACGGAGUACAAAAGUCAGCGAAAAGUUGGUGCUAAUACCGGAGACAAUAAGUGAGAAAGAGGGUUCGGACGAAGAAGAGCCGCGACCUUCAGAUGAGGAGGAAGGUCCUUUGAGAGAUGAUGAACUUGACGUCCUGAAGAAGAGGGGCGGGAUCCGGGGAAAGAGUUAUGCGGAAAGGCUACCAAAGGUCCAGAGAGCAGACAAAGUGGCAAGAGUGACGGCAUAUUGUACAGCGCAGGGCUCCAAGACAAAAGCCACGGCGCAAUUUGUUAAGGAGAGGCAUGGCGCGAAGACGAAACUUUACGACGACUGCCUCUACACAGUAUAUCAUCUACCUCUUUUGCCUGGGAGUGAAGGUUACAGAGUUAGAAGCAGCCCUGCAUUGAAGAGUCCUGGUGGAAAAGCGGUCCUGGACGAGGAGAUCGAGAGGAGCGAAAGGAGAGAUUAUCACGAGGGUUAUUUUGAGGAUACAGACACGUACGGUGUAAGAGGUGGGGAAGAGAGCCCUCGAAAUGAGACUGAAGAAGAAAAGAUACAGAGAGAGGAAGACGCAAGACGACGGAGGGAAGAGAAUCAUGGUCUGGUGCAGGGGCGAAGAGCGGAUAGUCCGAAUCGAAUUGCGCCCGAUGCCACAGCGUUUGCCGAGAUGUUCGUUUUCUCUUAUGGAGUUGUCGUAUUCUGGAACUUCACAGAACGUCAAGAAAAAGACAUAUUGGCCGAUUUGACCUUCUCAGAGCACGAGACUGGCGUCUCACUGGUUACGAGACCGCAAAAUGAGGAUGAUUUUGAAACGGAAGAGCUUCAUUUCGAAUAUAAUCCACUGAUCGAGCGCCCUAGAGUGUUCAAUGAUAUGAUCACAUUGAGGAGUGGGGACCAUAUGAUAAAACUCGCCAUGAGCCAUGCAAUCGCGCAGAGUACCAAACUGAGCUUCUUCGAAGAGAGGAUGUCUCAAACGAUGUUGGAUGCGCAACAUGUUCCCAAGCAUCUGGCCCUCACAGGCCAGCUUGGGAUGUCUCGAACGGAGAUCGUAAAGAUUCUGGGCCGACUCUUCAAGAGUCGGGUGGACGUCAAUCUCUCAUCCAACAUUUUGGACGUGCCCAAUUUCUUCUGGGAUUCCGAGCCUACCCUCCAUCCCCUCUACACUGCCAUUCGCGAAUAUCUCGAGAUCACGCCACGCAUCCAAGUGCUCAACGAGCGCUGUAAGGUAUUUCUAGAGCUGGCGGAGAUCCUAAGUGACAGCAUCGCCGACACGAAGAUGAGCACCAUCACCUGGAUCAUCAUCGUCCUCAUCAUUAUCAGCAUCGGCGUCACAGUCUCGGAGGUAGGCCUUAGAUUCGGCAUGCUGAACAAAGGCAGGGCCCCAUUCGAUAGCCCUACGGGCGGAAAGAAUUUCUCCAGCGCAGAUCUUAGCCAGUCACAAUGGGAGGCUAUCUGCGGCGUGCCGAUCGUAGGGAGGACCUUUGCCGAUUCUUAGGAGGUAGUAGUCCUCACGCGUGCAUUGUCUUUUCUGUCUGCAUAGCCCAAGGUGUUCGGUGUCCGGCGUGCAGGGGAGGGGUCUCUCGUCUACUAUCAGGUACAGCUUCUACAGCAGCAUCUCGAAUCCAGCCUUCCUGUAUCCAGAUUCUCGAACCUGUUGAUGUCGGGCCUCAGCGGAAAACAAUAGUGUAUUUUAAUAAUAUUAACACAGCUAAUUCUUGCUAUAUACAUGGAAGUCUUACACUAUAG